AUGCUCAACAAGCUGAACGAGAUGAAAGAACGCACGGAGCCGAUUUCGAGCAUAAUUCCCGAAAUCGAAAACCACUGGACAGAUAUCGUUGCUGAUCGAGGGUCUCUUACGAGGAGACACAUAGAUCAGCAGGAAGCGAUAUGGGAGAUUGUCACCACGGAGUACCGUUACAUCCAGGUUCUCAAAAACAUGCACGAUCUUUCAUGCUAUUUUCUUGAGCUGCAAAAAAUGGGAUAUUUCAAGGAAAUCAGCAUAACACGAGUGUUUCUCAAUUAUUCCGAAUUGUUUACGGUGAACGUCAUCUUUUGGCGACGAGCCCUUCAACCACUACUUGACUAUUCUAGGCAAACUCGAAAGCCAUUUGACCCUUUGCUGCUGAUGCAUGGUUUUGAAGACAUUAGCGAAUGGUCGAAAUGCUAUAUCCCAUUCAAUCUCGGCCAUGAUGAUAGCCACACGUACGUGCAGAAAAAGCAGAAGGACAACGAGAUGUUCAGGGAAUUCGUGCAGUGGGCGGAAUCACAGGAGUCCAUGCGACGGCAAAAGCUCUGCGAUACGUUGACGAGUCCAAUGCAACGGCUCACCAGAUACAGCCUUCUAUUGAAGGCCGUGCUGUCGAAUUCAACAGAUGAUAGGGAACGAUUGAUCAUUCAAACAAUGAUCGACCGAACGGAUGCUGCCACCCAACAGUUAAACUUUGAGCUCAAUAACAACGAUCUCCGCCUACAAAUGGCCGAGAUCAUGAAGAGCAUCGAUGGCUAUGAUGCUGUCGAUUGUGAAGAGUUUGAGAAGUUGUUCCCGAAUCGUCGAGCAACAUUGGACCUAAUGGCACCGAUGCCACUUCUACCGGGACCACCACAAUUCCGACGGGUUAUUCAUCGCGGUAAUCUGAAAAUCAGGGAAAGUCGGCAGGGACCAAAGGUUGAAAUGCAUUGUUUACUGUUUACGGACAUGCUGCUGCUCUGCAAAACCUCUAAUAAACGUACCGACAAAGGCCUUCGAGUGGCUCGACCACCGAUUCACAUUGCUCACAUGAUUUAUCAUCCCUUCAAUGAUGCCAGUGAGUUUGCUAGCAAUGAUUGCAUCCUCAGUUAA